CGGAAGUCCUUUUGGUAGCUGCUGCUAACUUGAUUGUGGACACAAAAAACUGCGAAAUCAAGGAGAGGGACAGCGCCCAGAAUAACUGUUAACCUCUGCAAACUGUGUGGAGCAUCGCCUUGGAAAUGAGACUUCGGUCAUAUUCUCCGGGGUGUCGGACAUUAAAACAGAGGACAUGUCCUUCGGUUUGUUAAAGCCACAGUGCUACACUCAACUCUCCCAGCAUGCUACAGUAGUGACAAUCUCUCUCUACACAGCAGCACUGUUUGAUCCAAGAGAAACGUGCCUUGUAAGGAAGCAGGAUGUUCACAGGCUCAACCAAACUGCCACCCACUAAAACCCCGCAGCCCGAGCGGCUGGAUGAAGUGUACGCUGCCCUCCGCAGAGGCUUACAGUCAUACCUCCAGGUCCACCAGCUGGAGCUGGACAGUCUGGGUCAGCAGACCAGAGAGAACAAGAGGAACGGUCGUUUGGGGUCUUUGUAUGAGUUGGAUAAGCAAGUGAAAGCCAUUGAGAGGUUUAUGCGUCGCCUGGAAUUCCACCUCAGCAAGGUUGAGGAGCUGUACGAUGCUUAUUGUAUACAGCGGCGACUGCGUGAUGGAGCGAGUAAGAUGGUGGCGGCCUUUAACUCAGCCACUGGCAGCAAAGAGGCCAGAGAGAGCCUGAGUGAAGCCAACAAGGGCUACAGGGAAUGUACAGAGCACAUGUGCUCACUUGAGAGUGAAUUAGAAAGCCAGAUGGGAGAAUUUCACGUCAAAAUGAAGGGUGAGUCACCUCUUACCACUUCCUAUUUUCUCCCCUCUGCAUUGUUUAGUUCUCAUUUUUCUUCUUUUUUUAUAGGCCUUGCUGGCUUUGCACGACUGUGUGCUGGUGACCAGUAUGAGGUCCUAAUGCGUUACGGGCGGCAACGCUGGAGGCUAAGAGGCCGUGUAGAAGUCAAGCAGAUAUGGGACAGUGAAGAGUACAUCUUCAUGCCUCUCGUCACAGAACUGCUGUCUAUCAAGGUGACGGAGCUGAAGAGCCUGGCCAAUCACGUGGUGGUGGGCAGCGUGUCCUGUGAAAUGAUCGACCUGUUCUGCCCGCUGCCCCAGACACUUGCCGUGGAUAUCAACGACCUCGGGACAGUGAAGCUGAACUUGGAGGUCACAUGGAGUCCGUUUGAUAAGGACGACCAGACAUCCUCCACCAGUACUGUUUCCAAACGGCUGCUGUCCAAUCAGAGUCCUCCUGACACGCCAUCUAUGCGGGAGCAGGUGUUUUAUAGUGUGCCCCGAGGUUGGCCCAGACAGAGCUGCUCUCUGGUGGAGACGUUCCAUGGUGUCUUGGCAGACAGGACGGCGUCCUUGCGUUGUGAAUUCAGCCGUACAACACCCAGAUUCACCUCUGUACAGUCGUCUCUGCUAAAGCGACAGGGAGAAAUGGAGAAUGGGACCGUCUGGUCUAACUCCUCUGAAUCCUCCGAUGACUCCUCCAGUCCGGCCUUAGCUCACCCCGCUCAGAGGCUGACGGCCUCCAACAUGCUACAAACCACUCUCACCACUCAGCUUUCGUUCACGCCUCACAAGUCCAGCGCGUCGACGCCGUCGCUCUCAUCCAACCAAGAGGAGGAUGAGUCAGAAGCUGGGGAGGUUUUCUGUCAGACGGACGCGGUUCUCAACGGCCAUCUCCAGACUUCCUUGUCUCGUAGUCCAGACUGUACUGCGACUGAUAGAGCGUCUGUCCAAUCAGCCGACCUGUCUGAAAGCUCAGCAGACCUGAACUGCUCAUGCCCAGAUGUUUCCUCUGUACCUCCUGUGUCGCUGAUGGAGACACUGGAUUUGUCUGAAAGUGUCGUCCCACAAGUGUGUAUUUCAGCGGUGGAGGUAAAAGACGAUGCAUUUGAGGACUUGUCAGUGCACGCUGGACAGACUAAAGCAGAAAUAGAGGACAGCAUCACUGACGCAGGAGAGCGACGCCAGUUAGAAGCAUCAGAGAAACGCAGCGAGCCAUAUCAGUCCGUCCAGGAGUCAAAACAACUGGAGGCCGCUCCAACGGUUCCUUUUCCUACUUCUACAAGUUUCACUCUGGAAGUCGAAACAGCCCUCGAAAGUUUUGACUUUCUCAACUGCUCUGACCUCGAGGAAGAUGAGGAGGAAGAGGAAAACAAGGAAAAGGAAGACAAAGGAGAAAAGGAUGAUGAUUUGCAACAUGAAGAGAACCAAAACAACACGGAGGAAGUUAAAAUGGAAGGAAAAGAUGAAGAGAACUUUUACUCUGGAGGAAGUGAUGAAGAGGAGGCAGACGGUCUACAGAUACUUAUGGAAGCCCCAGAAGGAUUCAGGAACUCUGAUGAAGACUGUUUCUCUGAAUCACAGGAGUCAAGCGUGGAAGACGUGCAGGAUUUGUGUCAGAUGGAGAUGCCCGAUGAGAAGGAGGAGCACAGCGAGGAAAAGGGAGAUGAACAACACGGAGAGGACAUGUCACAUGGUCAGGAGGAGCGUCCCUCUACUCCCACCAGUUUGGCCACUACUGUCUUCUAAUAACACAGUGGAAGCAUAGCUAUACCAUUUCUCCCCAUCUAAACUACUCAUGCCAUCACCCUGUUACACUGCAGGAUCGGAGGCCUUGAGGAUGUUCCACUUACUGCUCAGACAAACAAGCUCUUCCCGUAUGGCUGAGUUUGUGCACAGAAUUGCCUUUUCCUGACCAAGAAGGAUAAACCUUAAGGUUUCUGCGCCUAAAUCAUGACUGAAAGUCCUCCCCCCCCCCCCCCCCCCCCCCCCCCCCCCCCCCCCUUCAAACUCCUCAUUCUUUCGACAUACACUCCCAUCACGUUGCCUGAGUUGAAGUGGGACACCACUUAGUUUACACUUUCAUAAACUGUUCCCGUCAUGUGAAAAUUUACUGUCCAAAACAUUUCAGGAACAGCUAAAAGCGGCCUUGUUUGUGACUUUAUUACAGUGCAUUUUUGAAGUUAUCCAAAAAAUGUUUAAAUGGUUUUAUAAGUUCAAGUUGACGAUUCUUCAAUCUAUAGAGAAGCAUACAAUCACUUGCUGAGUUCAUUGAAAGGUUUUCAAAACUAUCAGUGUUUGUGGAUAUGAAAACUAUAGAAGUUACGAUUUCAGUGUUAAAUCAGUGUACAGCCUAGAGCUCCUUUCACCGUUGGUGAGAGAG